AUGACAGCUAAGCCACAUCCUCCUCCCAUGGCCGACUUACCAAAAGCUCGUCUCGCCGCCUUUGUUAGGCCGUUUUCAUACUUAGGUAUUGAUUACUUUGGUCCGAUGCUGGUGGUUGUUGGUCGCCGUGUCGAAAAGCGCUGGGGCGUACUAGCCACUUGUCUGACUACUCGAGCAGUACACAUCGAGCUAGCUCACUCAUUAACAACGGACUCCUGCAUAAUGUGUCUGCAAAACAUAAUAGCGCGACGUGGAACUCCUAUCGAGAUCAUAAGUGAUCGCGGAACAAAUCUGAUCGGUGCAAGUAAAGAACUCAAAGAAGCUUUAGGAAAAGUAGACGAAGAUCGUUUAAUAAAAGAGUUCACAACAGAGAACCUCAAAUGGGUCUUUAAUCCACCUGCUUCCCAUCAUAUGGGGGGAAGCUGGGAAAGACUGAUACAAUCAGUGAAAAAGAUUUUGACCAGCAUUCUCCCAACUCAACGGCUGCCUACCGAUGAAGUACUGAGAAACACUCUUGUUAUGAUAGAAAAUAUAAUUAAUUCGCGCCCUUUGACCUACGUACCGGUUGAUGAUGAUGCAGCCCCGGCACUCACUCCUAAUAGUUUUUUGCUUGGAUCAACAGAUGGCUCAAAACCUUUAGUACUUCACAAUGACAGCGGCGUAGCUCUCCGAAGUGCCUGGAAAUCAUCACAAAUUUUGGCAAAUAUGUUUUGGAAGAAAUGGCUAGAAGAGUAUCUUCCUGAAAUAACCAGGAGAAGUAAAUGGUUUACGGCUGGUCGUAAGAUUCAGAUUGGAGACAUCGUGAUUGUUGUGGACCCAAGUUUCCCAAGAAAUUGUUGGCCCAAAGGCAGAAUUAUCGCGACGAAGGUAUCCAAAGAUGGUCAAGUUAGAUCAGCGACGGUGCAAACAGCAGCAGGCAUUUACGAGCGCCCGGCAGUCCGCCUGGCAGUGCUGGAUGUAGGUGCAGAUAGAAGUGACUAG